AGCACACCAUCGCUGCAUGGAGUCUGCCAAAACCAACGGCGACGAAGAAGAAGUGCAUGGAGCACUUUCCAACCGUGGAAAUGGCGCUUUGCGUUGCUGAAGCCUGAAGUCAUAAGGAAGCGUUUCGGGCUUGCCAGUCAUCGGAAGCGUCUGGAAGGCUGUACAUGUGAACUGUACUUUACAAAGGAGCGGAUUAUGACAGAGAAAAGAAGGAGUCGAGAGAUUCGUCAAGGAAAACAAAACAUUCGUGGCUCCGAUAAAGCCGUCAACAUCCUCGGACAGUGAACAAUGCAUGACCUGACUGCCCAAGUCACCAGCAGCCUGCUGCCUUUCCCAGGAGUGACUGUAGAUGCUCUGGGAGAAGAUGAGAUCACUCUGGACUCUGUGCUUCAUGGGAGGUUCACUACUGGUCGUGGUGGGCUGGCUUGGCUGGCCUGUGGCCCCCAGCUGGAGGUUGUCAAUGCAGUGACAGGCGAAAGGCUGUCUGCAUACUGCUUCAGCGGUGGAGGGGAACAUCUACCCAAUAUCCUUGCUGCAAGAGACUUCAGCUGGCUCAAACGGACUGGAUUGCUGGUUGGCUUGGAGGAAGCAGAGGGCAGUGUGCUGUGUUUGUAUGACUUGGGACUGUCGAGGGUGGUCAAAGCUGUGGUUAUACCAGGCAGGAUUACAGCCAUUGAGCCGUUAGUGAGUUAUGGCGGAGCAAGCACCUCUACCCAACACCUUCACCAGAGUCUGCGCUGGUUCUUUGGCAUUGCUGCCGUCGUAACUGAUCUCGGUCACGUUCUGCUGGUGGACCUCUGUCUUGACGACCUGUCAUGCAGCCAAAGCGAGCUGGAGGCUUCAGACCUACAGGUAGUGACCAAAUCUCCAGCAGAGAUCCCCAGGCUUAGAGAAGUCAGUAACAGACAGGGCAGACAUCUUUGCCUCCAGCUAAAUGGGCCCAGUGGAGUUGGAGCCACAGCUCUGCAGUAUAUCUCCAGGACCAACCAGCUGACUGUGGGAUUUUCUGAUGGAUAUUUGCAGCUGUGGAACAUGAAGUCUCUAAAAAAAGAAUACCACUCCCAGUUAGAUGGUGGCAGGGUGCCUGUGCAUGCCUUCACCUUUCAGGAGCCAGAAAAUGACCCUAGGAACUGUUGCUACCUCUGGGCUGUCCAGUCUUCUCAGGACCUUGAAGGCGAUAUGGUCAGCCUCCGCCUGCUUCAGCUGGCCUUCAGUGAACGAAAGUGUCUAGCUUCUGGGAAGAUCCUCUAUGAGGGUCUGGAGUACUGUGAGGAACGUUACAGUCAGGAGUUAAGUGGUACAGCUUUUCCUCUCAGGGCGCAGACCACCAACACCCGCUUGCUCAGUUGCCAGACCAUUGAGAAGUUCCGACCCCAUCCUGACAGGGAUGACAGCAUGAAUGAAGUUGCGUCUCCAGACACCAGUGUGUCUAUCUUCAGCUGGCAAGUCAAGGCUUAUGGUCAAGGAACCCCGUCCACCUUUGUUGGAGUUUUUGACAUCAACCGUUGGUACCACGCACAAAUGCCAGACUCAUUAAGAACGGGGGAGUCUCUGCACAAUUGUCCCUACCUGGCAGUUUGGUCUCUGGACCCAGUGGUGCAGAUGGUGUCUCCUCACGUCCUGCUGGAUGUGGUGGUGCAUGACCGCAGCCUGAGCAGGGGCAUGCCCUUAACCUGCCCCCCACCAGAACAAUACUUUAACUCUACCACGUACAACUUUGAUGCUACCUGCUUGCUCAACUCUGGAAUUGUGCACUUAACCUGCUCUGGGUAUCAGAAAGAGACCCUGAGCUUUUUAAAGAAAGCUGCUCCUUGUUCCAGUGACAUCAUCUCCACUAGCUACUCACGCUGCCUCAUGUCCGGCCUACUCUCAUCUCGCCUGGCUGACACCCAGGCCUCCAGCCUCUCUCAGGAGGAGCAGCUGGAUGCCAUCUUAUCCACAGCUGUAGAGACCAGCUCCUUGGGACUGAUUACUGGCUGUAUCAAGCAGUGGACCGCAGAGGAACAACCAGGCUCUGCACUGAACCUACGCUACAUCCUAGACUGGGCUUGGAACAAAGUAGUCCAGACCAAGGAGGAACUGGAUGGCAUCUGUGCACCACUGUUUGACAGCUCAUCCAACUUCACAGACCCUCAGACCAUGCAGCUGCUACAGCACAGCCAGAGACUGCUGGGUAACCUCAGUACUAUCUUCCAUUGUCUGCUCAGUGAAGCUCAGGAGCUCACCCAAAAAGGCCUGUUGGGUCUGAUGAACAAGAACAUGGUGUCCAGUCUAAUUUCCAAGUAUGCAGAAGUCGUCCUCUGGUUCUGUCGCACAGGCCUGCUGCCUGAGGGAUCAGACGAUGACGCUCUCCAGAUCUCCAGGCCUUUCUACACCCACUCAGUCAUCAGCAGCUAUUACACUAUACGCCGAGAGGAGCUCACCAGACUGGCUAAGGGCAAGUGGUGUGCAGACUGCCUGAUGAUUGACGGUUUGGUUGGUCAGUGUGGCGAACGCUUGACCAACCUGUGGAAAAGGGAUGAAGGUGGGACAGGGCAAUACCCACCACCUACGUUGCAUGCCUUGCUGGAUAUUUAUCUACUAGACAACAUCGAUGAAGCUGCCAAACAUGCAAUUGUGAUUUACCUGCUGCUGGAUGUCAUGUACUCCUUCCCUAAUAAGGAGGGAGCAUCAGUAGAGUCUUUCCCCACAGCAUUUGCCAUCCCUAUCGGACUGGUCAAACUAGUGCAAGGCCUCUGGCUGCUGGACCAUCGUGACCACCAGAGUUCCUUCGAGCGGCUUCUGCAUCCUGCCGCCUCUCAGUGUCAUUUUGAGUGGCAACAUGAGCGUGUCUUGCAAGCACUGAUGUGCCAGGGCCAACACUCGGUGGCACUACGAUACUUCCACGUAACAAAGCCCCCAAUAUCCUCCACCUCCCAGGCCAAACUCUGUCUCUCUGUAUUACUACACAACAGGUGUCUCAUAGAGGCAUGGUCCUUACUUCGGCAACACUCUAAUCAUCUCAACAUGGGUGAGCUGCUGGGCUUCUUGUAUGAGAGCUGCCAGGAGCUGGGUCUCAUCAAGGAGCUACUCAAACUGCCCCUGGGCCUCACUGAACAGGAAUGUUUGGAGAAGUUUCUUCAGGGUACAGGGGGUCUCCAGAACAGAGAACUACUGAUGGUUCAUUACCUUCAGCAGGCCAACUAUAUACCUGCCCUCCAACUCAACCACAGCCUCAAGAUGAACCUAGUGAAUGAACGAGACCCAAAGCUUAAAGAAAGAAGCAACACCAGGAACUCUAUACUGGAUCAAUAUGGCAAAGUUUUGCCCAGAGUACAGAGGAAACUGGCAAUGGAGAGGGGCAAACCCUACCAGCAUCCCCAUACCAUCCACAAAGAAGUGUCUCGGCCACAGCCACUGUCCACCAUCACCAAGCGAUCUGCCAGUGAGAAGGUGAUGUCCAGGGCUGGCUUCUUCAACAAUGUUCUGACCAAGAUUGAAGAGGUGUGGUUAGGAAAAGCCACACCACAGUCCUCCCCUGCCAGGAGUCCCAGGGCAGCUGAAGUUCUGAGCCCCAGUCCCAAGCCUUCCUCCCAGGCCCUUCCUGAUCCGUUCUUGGGAACUCCAAUCACCAUGUCCUCCAAACGAAAGUCAAGGCUGAUGGACUCAGUGGUUCUCCCCUCCUGUCAGACCCCUCAGUCUCUUCUCAGCCCUCCCAGACCUCCCAGCUCUUGGGUUUCUCCAAAAAGCAUCAGCAAGGCCCCUGAACUCAGUCUGCUGCAAACACCCCAAGUUGUCAAGCGAGCUCGUGCCUUGGCUGCUUCUGGACCUGUGUUUUCAGCCUACAACCCCCCGUCUAUCCUGCGCAGCAGCCUGAGGCCCACACCUGUCGGCACCCCUUCUGCAUCUCCAGGGCGCUCUAUAACCCCUCCACUCCGCAGCAAAGAGAGCAGGAUCACCUUUAUUGAAGAGGAAGCGUCUCCUGAACCAGAAAAGGGCAUCCGCUGGACCAAUGGGAUGGCGGCAGACAGUGAAAUUAGCUUGCUGACCAGAGGCUCCACGCUGUCUAAGGCUACUCGCAAGACCUGGUCCUUACAGCCUGCUGAGGAGGAAGAAGAUGGAGAUGAGGAAGGGGAACAACAUCAUGUAAAGUUCUUGCCUCCUGAAGGUGGCAUUCCCUCACCAGAGCUGAGAUGCUCUGAGAGCCAGUCAUCCUCCAUCCAUGAAGUCGCUGAAGAGAAUAGACCAUCAGAUGCCACACAGGCACGAAUUAGCUUGAGCUUUGACACCAGCCAGACAUCUUUCCAGUCAGCAGACGUCACUCUAGAGUACUUUGAUGCACCUCUCUCAGAAGACCAGGAAGGAGAAGAGGGGCAUACAGCGACAGAUAAGGAAGACGAGGUAGUGAUAGUGAACUUCAAAUCCCCAACUGAAGAAGAAGAACCAGAGCAAACCACUGAGCAAACCCCUCUCUUGACAUCAGAAGAUGCACAGACAGAAGGGCAAGAGCUGAAGGAAGAUGAAACAUUUGAGGAUGUGAUGGAGGUGGGUCUUGAACAGGAGGAUAAAAACGAGGAAGUUCAGUCUAAAAAGGAGGAUGAGCAGGAUGUUGGGUCAAGUGGCAAACAAGAAGAUGCUGCAAUUCUUGACCAAGAAGAGAUAUUUAGUCAUCAAGAAGGUUUUAACGAGAUCACUGAGAACACGGACUCUGUCCCUGAGGCAGAAUCUCAGGCUCAACCUGAUAAUACUGAGGAGGUGCAGGACGUCCAGUCAGAUGUCGCUGAAUCCACAGAGUUGAUUGAGCACCUGAAACCAUCUGGAUCCACUGACCCCACAAAUGAUCCAGCAGAAGAGCUGGAGCAAUCAACAGAUCUGACAGACUUUGUGCAGCGACAUCUGUUUGGCGAUGAUCUGUCGUCUCCUCUCACCCGCUCAGGAAUCCACAACUCAUCACAGACCCAGACAUCCUUCAACAGUGAGACCCCAGGCGCGGAUGAAGAGGAAGAGCAGGCUGCUGCCGAAGCUCCCCCAGUGUUCACCAGCCAAAAAUCUACUGCCUCUGUGACCUCCUCAGAGCCAACUGGCACAGACUCCCACUCUGUUGUGAGUGUGAACGAUAGUGAAGAACUUUCUAGCCCCGAGUCUGAGGAGGAAGAUGAUGAUGAUGAGGAAGAGGAGGAGGAGGAAGAGUCUGAUCAAGCUGAGGAGGAUGAUGGUGUGGAAGAAGAGGAGGAAGAGGAGGACUCGGGUAGCGAGGUGGAGAUCAUUGAGGAGGUCCAGGGUAAUGGGAGACUUCCACCCCUCCAACCCACUUCAGUCUUUGUACCACAAGGACACACCCACUUCUUGCCAACUCUGUCAGAGCAGGAGGCUGCUGAGUUUUCUCUGAUAACACCCGAAGCAGAGAUGAAGAUGGUAGAAGAGGAAAUGGAGGGUGAGGUGGUAAUGGUGAGACUUGGAGCAGACGGUGGAGAGAUGGAGGCAGAUGAGGAUGAAGGGCAAGGGUCGUCCUACAUGCAGCUCAAACCCUCCACCACUCUCCUGGUACCCCUGGAACUUGUGGAGGGACAACACGACCUGGUUGAUGCUGCUCAGCUCAGUCUUCCUGAGCUUCAGGAAACUGUUGUGGCAGAGGACCCGAGGUGUGAAACUCACAGCGACUUCUCUCUCAUGCUGGAUAUGGAUGAAGUUAGGGAUGAAGAGGCAGACACCCUACCUAUGGAGAAUGAUCUGCAAUCCUCCAACCUUCCCAUGGACUCUCCAGUAGUGGAGGCUACUGAUGAACUUGCGGCCAAACCAGAGGUUAUUCUUUUGGGCACAGAUGACCAGGAAGCUCCCUGGUCUGAAGAAGCACCAGAAGAGGACAACAAGAAAGAAACUGACACCUUGGAUGGAAUUGAGCUUGAUGGUCUAACAGACUCAGAACUCCAAACCGACCUACAGACUGAAUACACUGAGGCAAACCAGAAGAUGGAAGUUGCUGAAGAGCAGAAGGAUGCUGAGUUAGUAAUGUUGGCUGAAGUUCCUGAAUCUGCAACUCUAUCAGUCUCUGAUCCAGCUCCAGUGGAAGAACUCCCAGCAAUUGUGGAAGGCAAGGAUAGUGAAGAUUCUAUGCCAAUGAAAGAUGCUGUUGUAGAGGAGGUGGAGGAGGAGGAGGAGGAGAACAAACCAACACCUGCCGAGGACCAGAAAGAGCCUGAAGAGAACGGGCCUGUUGAGAUUGAAGAAGUUGCCCACAGUGCAGAGACGGCGACCUCUGUGGAGGAAGAGGAGGAGCACCAGGACCACAUAUCCUCAACAGAAACUGAAGAGGAUAACAGGGAAGAAAUUAAGAAGGAGACAGAAACAAAAAGGAGAACAAGGGGAAGAAGGAGAAAAGAUGAAGAUGUUGAAGAAGAGAAACCCGUGCAGCAGCCAGAGGAACAACCUGUGCCAGAGACCACCUCCUCUCAAAGGAAGAAGAAAGCUGCUCCUACUCCAACACGGAGAACCACGAGAGGGAGGAGGACAGUUACCUUUAUCUCUUCCCUCCCGGAGGAAGCAGAGGUGCCAGAGGAGGAUGGGAAUGUAGAGGAGGCAGAAACAACCCUCUUGAUCCCUGCUUCACCUAGUCGUACACCCAGAAGGGGUAAACAGAACAAAGAAACCAAAGUCCAAGCCAGCCCACCUCGAAGAAGUACCCGCAAAGCUCAGCCUGAACCUCCUAAAGACCAGGCUGAGCAGGUGGAGGCCAUGGAUAAUGAUACUACAGUUGCAAGUACCUCCAUGGCCUCUUCGCCAGCCAGACGACGGGCCUCUCAGAGAGCUACUUUAAGCAGGACCAGUCAAAGGACUCGAGGUGGUAGUGAAGAGGUGCCUGCAGCCACGGAGGUUGAAAUCAAAGAGGAGGAGGAGGAGGAACAAGUGGAUGAGGUCUCAGAUAAGAAGGUUUCUCGGCGAACAAGCUCUAAGACUCCUACCCCAGCCAAACGCAGGACCACUCAGGCAAACACUCCAAGGAGGUCCAGCCGCAGAAAUUUGAGUAGCAGUGAGGUGACGCAAACACAAUUAGAGAUGGUGAAAGAGGAGAAGGAACAGGAGGAGGUCUUCGUUUCACCUGUCAAACGCAGCACCAGAAAAACUAAGAUAAAGUCACCGGAGCCAUCCCUGUCAGAGGAGGAAGAGAACAAGAAACAACAAGUUUCCAGCCCCGGCAGGACAACUCGUCACUCCAACCGUAUCACCCUAAAUGUUUAUCCACAAGUGAAACUGGUUCCUGUAUCACUUCCUCAGAGUGCAAGGAAGAAGAGAGGAGAGACCAUUACUGAAAACAUGAAAGCAGAUGAAGAUGUGCUUGAGCCCAAACUUAACAGCAUUGCUGGUCGCACCAACUCCCGGCGACCAACUAGAAGCAAACUCUGGGACCACCCUGAGGAAGACCUUCCCUUACUCGAUUCCCCGUUAGAGGUCGAUUCUGAAACCCCUGUUGCAGACGCCCUCAUCAAGAGGCUCCAGGAUGAAGAACAGAAGCAGGAGGGAGGAGUGGUCAUCAGAAAGAUGGUGAGAUCCAGCAAGAGGAGUACGAAGUCGUCAGUGGAGCAGGUUCACUCGCUGCCUCCUGUGAAUGACAGCCUGGUCCCAGAACCUGAAGAUGACGAGACUAGCCCGGGCGAGCAUUCAUUCAUCUAUUCCCCCUCACGAAGAAGAACAAGAGCUCACAGAGCAGAGUCUCCUGGCCCAAGUGAAGAGUUUUCAGCACCUGUUACUCGCAACAGAAGAAGAGCUGCUUCUGUUGCACCUGAGGAUGAACCUGCUUCAGAACAAGAUAAUGUGGAAGUGGAGAAAGCAGCAAGUGUUUCUAAAACCAGAAGAACCGGCAAACGAACAGCCAAAUCCAAGGCUGUUUUGGAGUUGCCUCCGUUAGCAGAAGUGGACCUGAUCUCACCUCUGCCUAGCCCAGCUGAUCCGCUCCCGAGAGCACAGAAGAGGACUAAGGAAGCAGAGGUCCCGACCUCGAGCAUUAACCUUCGACGAAAACGCAUAAUGGACACCGUUUACACCAAGCCAGUCACCCGGAGGAAGAAACUCUGAGGAGGUCGGUUGGUGGUUUAAACCAGUGAACCUCAGACAGCCACAUGAAGAUCUGAACCAACUCGACCAGGAGCUGUCAAAUAAACGCGUAUGCCCAAAAUAACGAUGGUUCUCGUUCCUCAAAAGCCUCACAGUGCUGCAGUUGUCUUUGUAUACUGGCGUUCCUCUAGGUCAAUAAAAUAAUAAAAAUCAAUGUAGGCAUGAAAAUAUUUUUGGGGUUAAAACACACUGGUGGAAGCAGUGUGAAAGAGGACUAUAUAUUUUUGGAGUUUACAUGUCCUGCUCGUAUAAACUUGACAUCACUUGAUACUGUAUCUGUGGCCGUUUUGUGUUGGACAUUUUGCAACGCUCGUAAUAAUCAGCUUAAUUCUCUGGGCUCAGAAUGGCACAAGGGAAAGCAAUCGAUAUGGGUUUUUUUAGGAGCUCCCAUUAAUAAAAUCAGACUGAACUAAACUUGCCUCUGAUAAAGAGGCUUUAUUUACAUUCUCUUUUAUUUUAGUUUUUUUGUUGUUAUUUUAAGAUUUUGAGGCCUGCUGUUUUUUCUAUUUAAGAAGAAAAGCAACCAACCCAGUGGAGAUGAAACAUUUCUACUGAUACAUUUGUAUAUAGUUUUUUGCUAUGUUCCAAAUAAAGUUAAUAAAUAAAUCCUAAAGAAUUAUGUUCAUUUUGAAGUUUUAAGUGUCUCAAAUGCAUUUGAUCAUCUAAUCAGAUUGCCUAUGCCAUAGUCUUAAGAUUUAAAUUGAUUUGGGGGAUUUUCUGUGAAAGAGUCACAGAUUUGUACACUAUUGCCAACAGAUUUGGACUGUUUUUGUAUGUCAUGGGAAUGUUGUAUAUUGUAAAAGGAGAAAAAAAAAAGACUUGCACUGCAGUUUGGAGUUGUUAAACUUGUUUUGGGACAUGUUAAUAGGCUUGUUUAAUUAAGUUUAUGGCAACCACCAUCUGACACAGGCUAUUUUCUGAUGAAUGUAUGUAGAAUGUCUUAUUUUUGAUGACUGCUCUUUGAUAAAUAUGGUAAAGCUUGAAUACUUCUCUA